AUGCCUUUAUUCUUUUAUCAUAUCAAGUUUGAGCUUUAUCCCACGGCCGCACUAGAUGUGGCGACGCCUGCUCAGAGUGGCGACAUCUGGCUGCCACCAAAGCAUCACAACAUCUUUGACGAGCUACCGAGCAACACGCCCCCAGUCCGCCGGUUGCAAGAGCUGCGCUGCCAAGCAACGGCGAUAGACGUGCUGGAACCCAAGGCGACCUCGAAACAGAACAUUAUUGAUUGCGGGGCACCACGACCACCCCCGGCGACCGAAGACCACCGAAACAUCGUCGUGCUUUCCGAGCAGCAGCUGCGUCAACGAACCCUGAGCUUCCCGCCUCCAAAACACUCUGCCAGUUUCAAACCCGAGAUAGCUGGCCGUGACUGGCGCUUCGACCGACUGAGCAUCGAGAGCCUUGACAUUAUGGCAGGUGAGGGCAGUUCGGCUGCCACAGCCAUAGGCCCGUCAAUGAGCAGUGCUGGAAAGGCUACCAAGGCCAAAUACAUCCCGUUCAAGACGAAGACGACCAACAUUGGCUGGGGCAUUGUACACCUGUACCGCGAAAGCGUCGAGACCCUGGAGCUGGACGCCGCUCCUGGCGUCAAGGAGGGAGACAUCCAUGACGAGGAACAGCUGGACAAGGUGGACUGCACGACGGUAUGCAUACCCGCCGUUCCGAGCUAUCUCUCGCCAAGCGACUUCCUUGGCUUCAUUGGCGAUAAGUUUCGCGACCAAGUCAGCCACUACAGGAUGGUCAUGACAGGACGUCUAAAUAGAUACCUCGUGCUUAUGAAGUUCCGCAACAGCCAACAGGCACAGCGGUUCAAAACGGAAUUCGACGGCAAGGUGUUCAACACCAUCGAGCCAGAAACCUGCAAUGUGGCCUUCAUCAGAUCAAUCAACUUUGAAACACCCUCUCGACCCAACGGCAGUUUUCCAGACCUGAGCUAUGACCCCUUCACCCCGUCGUCAUCGGCCGCUACGGCUGGGUUAAAGCCUUUCCCGCCCCCGACGCCCAAUUUGAUCGAGUUGCCCACUUGCCCCGUCUGUCUCGAACGCAUGGAUGAGACCACUGGCCUUCUCACUAUCCUUUGCCAGCAUGUUUUCCAUUGCUCCUGUCUCCAGAAAUGGAAAGGUUCAGGCUGUCCUGUAUGCCGGCACACGAAUCCCUCCUUGUCAAUGCCAAACGGCACUGACAGUACCAACACGUCGUACUCCUCGUCAUCUGCGUCACGUUCAAAUACCGCAUAUGACCCGUCUAAUACAUACACGCAGCCUUUCGGCUCACACGUCUCCAAUUUGUGCUCCGUAUGCGAUUCCCCUGAAGAUCUCUGGAUUUGUCUCAUCUGUGGUAACGUGGGCUGCGGUCGUUACAAGGGUGGACAUGCCAAAGAUCACUGGAAGGAGACUGCCCACACCUUCUCCCUCGAACUCGACACCCAACACGUCUGGGACUACGCCGGUGAUAUGUGGGUGCACCGUUUAAUUCGAGACAAAGGGGAUGGCAAAGUUGUCGAGCUACCGGGGCACCGGGACGGCCCACACCGGCCUGGGGAAGACGAGGACGUUGUCCCCCGGGCGAAGCUUGAGAGCAUUGGCAUGGAAUAUACCCACCUCUUGACCAGUCAACUCGAGAGCCAGCGUGUAUAUUUCGAAAAAUUGGUUAACAAAGCAGCUGAUAAAGCAGCCAAGGCUUCGGCAGCGGCAGAGAAGGCCGCGGCGCAAGUAUCUGAAACACUUCAAGAACUACGUGCUCUUAAGGAGGUGAACCGCACUAUGACUACUGAGACAAUCCCGUCUUUCGAGAAAGAUUUAGAGCGCGAGCGCACCCGUGCCACGAAAGCCACAGACCUAGCUCGAAAGCUAGGCAGUGGUCUUCAAGAAGAAAAAGAAGUCAGCGAGGGUCUGCUGAAACGAAUCGAGCAUAUCAACAAAGAAGUCGAAAGCCUCGGUCAGCAGGUCAAGAUUUUGACCCUGGAGAAUGCAGACUUAAAGGACCAAAAUCACGACUUGACCAUGUUUAUUUCAGGCCAGGAGAAGCUCAAGGAAAUGGAGGCGGAAGGACAAGUUGCCCAGGAAGACCUACAGGAGGGCACUGCGAGUGUUGGGAAAAGGAAAGGAAAAGGGCGCGCAAAACGUUAG